CUUUGCAUUGGAGUAAAAAGUUUAUGACAUAUGUUGCAGAACUUUUAAAGCAUAGUGCAGAACUAUACAUAAAAGUGUAUUUUGCAACAGCAGUUGCAUGUCAUAGCCAUUAGAAGCACAUAUCCCAAAACAUGUAAUUAGAAUAGAGAACUUCCACUUGUUUUUUUCUGAACGUAAAUACCUAUUUUAAGCGACAACUUGAUGAAUGACUUAAUCAGCUUUUAACCUUGUCAAACUGAAAUGCCUUUACACAAAACAGCCCCUGUCUGUUUGCGUUUGGUCACUGGAGCCAGUGAACUGCCGCAGCUUUAUAACACCUCCCUCUGGGAGGAGUCUCGUCCUCGCUGUUCAGGUAUAAAGAUUCCAGCAGCGCACGAGUUUUCAAGUUUCCCGAGAGUUUGUUUUGAGUUAAUAGGGGGAAUACCUACUAUCGGCUUGAUUUUCAGACUGUUUAACUGGGAUACGAUCCCGAACCACAUCACCAAGCCUGCUCAGCAAAAAUGCCAUCCGACUUUCUCACCCCGUUUAUGGAGUUGGACGAUAAAUUCUGCAAGAACUUUCUCACCAUGGAUUUGACAGGUGGCGUUAUGCCGGGCGUGACGCAAAAGAAGACACGAGGAUUCCACCGCAGACAUUCGACUUGCUCCGUCACCCUGCCCAACUGCAAAUUCAACAGAGGCAGCGUGGACCAGCUCAGCGAGCAAUCCGCUUGGACUUUGCAGCCGCAGGACAGUCAACAGUGGAGCCGGGAGGUACAGCAGCAACUUCCUCGGUCCUGCCUCAAUCAAAUCCCGUUCAGGGUGGACCGCUCGGUCAGCAUGAUCGAAAGCCAGGUCAGCAACUUUGGUGGUCCUCCUCAGGUCGUUCCCCCUCCUCUGGCACCCCCUCCCGGCUUGGGAAACAGCACCAGUCCCUUGUCCCCUUCCAAGUCGCCCACUUCUCCUGCACCUGCCCCCAUGUCUUCGCGAUACAAAACUGAGCUGUGCCGUACCUUCGACGAGAGUGGCACUUGCAAAUACGGAACCAAGUGCCAGUUCGCACAUGGCAUGGACGAGGUUCGGGGUCUCUCUAGGCACCCCAAGUACAAAACCGAGCCCUGCCGUACCUUCCACACCAUCGGUUUCUGUCCCUAUGGCGCCCGCUGCCACUUUAUCCAUAACGCAGACGAGCAGCGCCCAGCCACAGCCACCGACGCGCAGCAGGCUAAAGAACGCCCCCAGCUCCGCCAGAGUAUAAGCUUCGCCGGUUUCUCAACCCGGUCCACCUCCGGCUUCCAAAAUCUCAUUGAGCCUCUAACCUUCUCGAGAGCUUCAUCCGUGUCUCCUCCACCUUCCACUGGCAGCCCCGAGUCACUCUCCCCCAUCUUUCCCGAACCCAGACCUCUCAAGCACAGCUUCCCUUUCUAUGGAGAAGUCGUCAACGAACAGCCUGCAGCCCCACACUUUUACGCGGUCACUGACUCCAACUGCGCACAGUGUGCCUACGGCACUGGCCAAAACGGGCUUCAGCCGCCCACAACCCACGACCACCAUAGGACUGCCUUUACUUUCCCGGGGCUUCCUCUGCUUCAGAGAAGCGCCUCGGCGGACUCUCUCUCGGACCAGGAAGACUACACCAGCUCAAGCAGCCUCAGUGGCUCCGAGUCCCCGAGUUUCGAAGGCAGGCGGCUCCCCAUAUUCAGCAGGAUCUCCGUGUCAGACUAAAAGGAAGCAGCUUUUUAGUUAUAGCAACGCCGCCAAUUCGGUGCAUAUUGCAUUUCUUCUUGUCAAAAAGAAAGCAGCGCUGCAGUUGUCUGCCACUGUCUGUCCCUACAGCCCAUAUUUUGUAUACUGUCGUAUACCUUUGUAGCUAUUGUGGGUACUUCUACUGUAUUAGCUUUAAACUUGCUAGAUUGAAACUGUAUGUAUUAAUGACGCGCAUUUGGCAAGCUUGAAUAGUGUCUUUUUUUUAACCUACAGUGUGUGUGUGUGCGUGCGCGUCUGUGUGUGUGUGUGCGUGCGCGCAAAUCCCCUUUUUAAAAGUGCCAUACACGGAGGCCAAAGCAGCUAUUCAACGCAUACACUUACUUACUAGUUAGAAAAUGGCAUGCCUUAUAACAAUGGUUCAGACCACGGUCUCUGCCAUUGCGGUGCAAGUUACCAAAGCUGAGGUUGCUAUAGUUACCUUACGUUUUGUAACUGCAGUUAACAUGAAAUAUUAUUUUUAUUCCAAAAUAUAUGUAAAAUGUAGCCUUCUUUUGAAGACAGUAUUGUUGACUAUAGCCUAACUCUAGUGCGCUGUACAUUUGUAUCGUUAUUUAUUUGCAUUGCUGUUUUCUUUUUUGUUGUUUUGUAUACAAUUAUUAUUAUUUGAGAAUGCUUUCUUAGUGUGAAGAAAUUGUGUUAUUGUAACCUAACUUUUUUGUUGUAUUUUUUUUUUUUUUUUUAAUGAUUUAUAAUAUGUUGGCUAUCUCGUAGCUUUAAGAAAAAAUAAUACACAGUUUCUUGAAUGUAGAUCUAUCUCAGGAUUUAGAAGAAACAUAUAAAUAAUAAUAUUUUUAAUAAAAGUUUAUGAGAUCUUAUUAGAGCAAGUCUUGUAUACAAUUAAUAGAGAUUGUGAGACAUAUUUAAUUGGCUGAGCACACUAAAAACAAAUGCAGAUUCUUCAUACCAGCAAUGUGGAAAUUAAAAAGAAAAUAAGAAUCUCCCUUGAAUUGCCUAUAAAGUUUAUGAAGGCCGUAAGAAGUGUUUUAAAAUCUGUAUUCUUUAUUUUGUGUUCAUUUUUAUUACUUUUACAUCUGUACUCGAUGGUAAACUGAGUAUAGUAAACAUGAAGUAUCUCUUUAACCUUUGCCUUAACUUCAUGACAGAAAAAAAAAGCUUUUACAUUUGUUAACUUAAAAUGUUUUAUUUAUUUUAUGUUGUGGUCGUAUAUUUUGUUUGUUUGGAUUUUUUUUUUUAAUUUAAAGACUUUGUUUACAUUCCAUUGCAUGGAAAUCGUUUCUGUUUAUAUCUUGAUAUAUUUUUGACACCGUUAAAAAAAAAAUAUUAAAGUAAUAAUAACAAUGAAACAAGAUCUGUUACUUACUUCUAUAAUCAAAUUCAUAAGUAAAGCUAAAACAUUGUAUUUCUUUUUUUAAGUGUUUCUUAACUAUUCUAUAAAUUUUUUUAAAUAUGUUUCUUAUGGAUUAACUACAUGCUUAUGAAAUUAUUAUAGACUGUUAUUUUAUUAUUAUAGUUAUUUUUUAACAAGAAAGGUUGUAUGCAUUCAAAACAUUUGAUCUAUCAAAAAAGUUUGAGUUUAACUUGACUUAUCGCUUUGAGAAUAGGGCACAAUAUUUGAGAUCUAGAACCAUGUAUUAUGUUAGGUUAAGGGUUUCAUAAUGUAGUCAUUUGGCAACAUUAUUACUUAAUUGCUGGAAAAAUUGUAGUAAUUUGGCACUGCAGCAAAAGUAAAUUAAGUGGUUUUAAAUAUCAUGUAGGUUCUCAGCUUAUUGUGUGUAAUAGUAGUUGGGUUUAAUGCGUUAUUCUUUUGGUAGCAUUUUGGAAGUGUAAUGAAAUAAACUUUAUAAAGAUUGGCUUGCAAAA